GAUAGUGGGAAAGAUACAAACAUCAAUUAUGAAUAUAAUCAUCCGAUUGCUACACUAUUUAUGAUAAACUUGUUUUACAAAAAUAAUCUUCUUGUUGAAAUUAAGUGAAAUGGCUGCCUAUGGAGCUCUAAUUUCUGUAAUGAAUAUCAUAGAUCAACUUCAAACUCAUCCAAACCCUCCAAUUUCCAUCCACCAAAAACAGGUAGAAUCUCUCACUCAAGCAGUUACAUCCCUGCAACAUUUUCUUCAAAGCUAUUCUCCCCACGGUGGCUACACCGAGGAUGAAGACUAUUGGGAGAGCCGCAUUGCUAAAGCAGCUUAUGGUGCUGAAGAUGUGAUCGAGUCCUACAUUGUCCAUCAAAUUCAUGUUCGAGCAAGAAAUUAUGUAGAUAACAUCAGCCCCGCUGAAUUCAAUCAAGGUUUGCAGAAGGUGAUAGAAAACAUGAAUUUGAUCGAGGUUGAGAUUAAAGAGAAGAUGGUAGUUCAAGAUCUACUCCACAUUGGAAAGUCUGUGAGCACUUCUUCUGAUGCAGGCUCGUCUAGAUCUGCUUUCGCUGCUCAUGAGGUUGCAACAGUUGGUUUUGAUGAAGUUUUUGAUCAAAUGCUGGACAAUAUCACCAGAGGAGGACUCGCUCGCCAAAUUAUCCCGAUUGUUGGAAUGGGUGGGAUAGGCAAGACAUUUCUUGCUCGGAAUAUCUAUGUAAGUCCACUUGUCCAACAACAUUUUGAUGUUUGUGCAUGGUCUGCAAUUUCACAAGAGUAUAAUGUAAGUGAAAUUCUUAGACAAAUACUUGAUCAAGUAGACAACAAGGAUAAUGAGGAGGAGGAGGAGAAGGAGAACGAUAGAAAAGAGUUGAGUGAAGUUGAGUUAGGAGAUCAUGUGUACAAAUAUUUGUUUGGAAGGAAGUAUUUUAUUGUAAUGGAUGAUAUGUGGACUAUUGAGGCAUGGGAUGGAGUUAGGAGAUUCUUCCCGGAUAAUAGAAACGGGAGUAGAAUUGUAGUGACGACAAGACUAUCAAACUUGGCAUCUCAAUUUAACUACUCCAAUGGUCUUGAUUUGAAAUUUUUGGAUAAGUAUGCUAGUUGGGACCUAUUUUGCAAAACUGUGUUCGGGGAAGAAGCUUGUCCUCUUGAGUUGAAGCGCAUUGGAAAGAAGAUUGUGAAAGGUUGUAAAGGACUUCCUUUGACAAUUGUUGUGAUAGGGGGGCUCUUAUCAAAAUCUGAACGAACAAAAGAAAAGUGGGGAUUUAUUGAAAAGAAUUUAAGUUCUGUUGUGAAUUUGGAUGAUAAUGAGAGUUGCUUGCAAGUAUUAUAUAUGAGUUAUAAUAACUUGCCGGUUCAUUUGAAACCAUGUUUUCUCUAUAUGGGAAUUUAUACUGAAGAUCCUAAGUUUCUCGUCAAUUUACACAUCCUAUUUAUUGUUGCUGGAGGAUGUGUAAAACCAAUUAAUGGCAAGUGCUUGGAAGAGAUAGCAGAAGAGUAUCUAGAAGAACUUGUUGAUAGAAAUAUGCUUAUAGUUGAAGAACGCAAGCAUGGCGGGAAACUGAAAUUCUUGAAAAUGCAUGACCUGUUGAGAGAUCUAUGUUUGAGAGAAGCUCAAAAAUUGAAGUUUUUAUGUGUGUUGGAAGAUGGGAGCAUUCCACGGGCUGUAAAUUCGCAACGCAAUAUCUUAAGCAGGUUCAAGAAAGAUGAAUUUCCAACUCCACUCAUUCGGCCCUUGGAAUCUGCAUUCCUUGUCCGGAUGCUUUUCGGGAUAUUUCCAGAGAGUUUAUCAUAUACUUUUAGAUUGUUGAGGGUAGUUUAUCUGAAGAAAUACUUAGGGGAAGAAGUUCGUCGUGGUCAUUAUGAGGAGAUUCUCUGUGGACUUGUUAACUUGCGUCUUAUCAUGAUGAUUGCUGAUGAGCAUCCUUUACCUUCUUCGUUCUACCUUCUUUGGAAUUUACAGACACUAAUUUUAUUUAAUGCUGGUGAGGAUUACGUUUGCGAGAUUUGGAAGAUGCCUCAACUUAGGCAUGUCUUAACCGUUGAUGGAGGGACACUUGAUGGUGCAUAUUGUAUCCCUGAUCACUUCAAUGACGAAAAGGAUAUGAUGUUGGAAAACCUGCACACACUUCGUGUCGUUAGCAAUCUCAAGUUUGGCGAGGGGGUGCUUGAAAGGAUCCCCAAUAUCAAAACAUUGAAGCUAUACUAUGAUAGAGAAGUAGAAGAUUAUUACCGUCUCAACAACCUUUGUAGGCUCCAAAAACUUGAAACUCUUCGGCUUUGUGUUGCCGAAGAACACACUCAUGUGAUGCUACAAGUCAGCUUCCCGCAUUCCCUCAAGAAGUUGACACUGGAAAAAACGAAUCUUCCUUGGGAAGAUAUGAAAACAAAAAUAGGUUCUUUGCCCUUUCUUCAAGUUCUUAAGUUGAAAGAUAAUGCAUUUAGUGGGUGUGAGUGGGAAACAUGCGAAGACCAAUUCUUGAAUCUCAAGUUCUUGCUGAUUGAGGGUUGUGAUGUAGAGUGUUGGAUCACAGACAGCACCCACUUUCCACUCCUUGAGCACCUUCAUCUUCGCUACAUAAAAAAGUUGUCGGAGAUUCCUACUAAUUAAUUAAUUAAUUAAUUAAUUAAUUAGCAUAA